CACACACACACACACACACACACACACACACACACACACACACACACACACACACACACACACACACACACACACACACACACACACACACAGGAAUGAUAUUCUGAAUGUUAGUUGAAUAAGUGUCAGGCUAUACAGUGUUCAAGUUUUCCUUGUUUAAACAGGUACAACUGUGAAUGUUGUUAAUAAUAUUUGCAUUAUUGCAUCAUUAAAAGUAAGGAAAUUCAUUCAAAAGUUGUUGUUUCUUUACAUAAUCCAUAGUGUAUCGUAUAGUGCCAGUAGGUAUGCAAAGGGGGUCCCCGGCCAGAAGCUAAUGCUAUUUGGGGGGCCUUGGCAUGGAAAAGUUUGGGAACCCCUGUCUUAGCUUUAUUGCUCUCCCUUCAUCCUUAAGAACCUAGAUGUCUGUCAGAGUAAAUUGAAACUGUACUUUGAAAACCAAAUUUGAAUUGUGAGAACUCAAUGUGAAGAUGUAUCGAGAGUUGGAUUUUCAGUGAGGAUCAAAUAUUAUUGGAUAUCAAUUUCAAAUUAUACUAUUCAGAUACAGGCUAUCAAUGCACUGAUUCAAAUUAAGCAAUACAAUUUCAAAUUAUGUGUUUCAAAUUCAAUGUUUUCAAUUCCUGAGGAGUGACACAUUUUAUUUGCACUUUGUUUUCAGAGAUCUCAGUAUUUUUGACUUAUUUUUUUUCCAUUUUUUUAAACAUUUAUUUUCCUGAAAACAAACUGACAAAGGAACUUAGAAAAGUGUUUUCUCCUUGGAGGACCCUGAAAGACAUUAAAUAAACUGAAACAAACAAUGGAAAACAGGGAAUAAAAAAAGGACAAUUGAAACCAUUAAAGGGGAAAGAGACAUUUUUUAAAAUUCUACCUUCAUUAUUUUCUAUACAUGUACUUACCUGAUUUCAUGUGUGUAAGUCUGAACAUUUAAUAUACAUUUACACCGCGUUCUGUGGUGUGUAAUGUGGGUUGGAGAUCAAUUGCUCUCGUGCUUCGGUGCUACUGCCAGUAUCCUUAUCUGAACCUAGUUGAUCAGACAGAACCCAAGAAGACUAAGAAGAAGGUUACACUGGCAAAAUAAAACACACUCAAUCACUGGAAUUAUAGUUAUAAAUCCACUAGACUCCUCCCAGUCUGCUGAGAGGGAUGAUGUAGGUCCUACCAUAGACUGUAUAUAAGAUGGACGCUGUGAUUCCGCCUUCCGCCUGUAUACGGAUUUGAAGCCAAACGGCUCUCGGUAAUUCCGGGUUUUUCUCCGCUUCCUUGAAACCAGAGCUGUGCAGUAGCGUUGUGCGCAUUCGGCCGCACAGUCGCCGAGAGUCCCUGUGAUGACGCUCGGGUCAAACAGCGUAUUCCCCCCGGAAGAGCUACGGAAUCCCUGAACGCCCAUAGGCUGUACCAGGUGUCAAUCAUAGAAAACAUGAACCCCCUAAUAACUUUUAAAAACGGAGCUGUACAGAAAAAAAAGGACUUGGGCACAAACCAGUCUUACAAUAACUACAUGUCAACAUCACAACCAGGGGGAAGAAAAAAUUAUGUUCUGUGUAAAAAAUUUCUGAAGUUUGCCCACAGUCCCAUAAGCUUUGCUGGCAGAGGCGGGAUUUAUGACCUGUACUGCAGCCCACCAUCAUAGGGUGCUGUUCUCGGAGUGGCUUCAUCCAGCGAGGAGGCAGACUCUGUCCAUCUUAUAUACAGUCUAUGGGUCCUACAGGGAUCAAUAAUUGGCUUAGCAUCCAAAUUUGGAGCAUGGAGGAAUCUGAAUCCUGAGAUAUAUCUUCAAGUAUAUUUAUUUUCUGAGAAUUCAUUCAAACCACUGAUACUGCUGCUGAUAAACGAAGUUCACUGUAAAUACACAUGUAAAUUACAGAAUAAGCAAAGAUACUUUGUCCAGAAACUUCUUACGGGAACUUUAAUAAAAGACUGAAUUACUGCAGCUCUAUAUGAAUGUGGUCCAUUGGGUUGGACACUUGUUAAGUUCCUCCGGUCAGGGCUUUGACUUUAACUGUACUUCUGAUAAAAUCACAUUGUCUCUUGUGUUUAAAAGCUCACAAGCUACAGGAAUUGACAUCCUUAAUAAAGCUUAAUCUCUCCAAACAGGAAUAAAUCUCAUUUUUUGGUAUCUCUUGAAGCUAGCCUUGCCUUGGGGCCACUGGCACAAUAUUGAGUGAAAAUUAAGUUUACCCUAUCAUGUGUCUGCUGAAAUGAGGCUGUGACUGUGCACAAAAAACAAGAAUAUGCCAAAGAGAAAAGAAAGGUGAAUAGUUAUUUCUUUCAGAAAACAGUGUUAUCAUGUUAUCUUUUAUUUGCACCAGUUUACACUUGCACUUUAGAUUUUUGAGGGAUUAAAAAACUGUGACUGAUUAAAACAACAGAGAAAGGGGAUUAUUCCUGAGAAGAGUAAAUAGCGAGAAGAAAAAGGUGGAACAGGAACUAAAACAAAACAAAACAAAACAAAAAAAAACCACAUUCUUCCUCCCUCCCUUAGUAUCUUCCGCUCUUGUCCUUUUCUUCCCUCCCUCGCUCUGAUAGUUGCCAUCAUAAACAGCGCUAAUGCUAACAGUCACUCCAGAUCCUGCCUGCAGAGUUAAUCCCUAUCGCAACAGGGCCAAACGUCAAGCCUUGACAAAACCGCUGAUAUAGAGCAGAGCAGAGCUUUCUGCUGCUGAGCUGUAAAAUAAGUCUGCAGACACAAACACUGACACUCUAAACUCUCAACCAAGCCAGCCAAACAGAUACCAGGAGAGCAAGAGGAAGAGCAAGUGAUCCAAAUAACUGCUGGUAGUCCAAGUAUGUGCAUCCUAACCCUAACCCUACAACAGAGACUUCCAGACAUGGAAUGUUUGAAAACUCACGAGGGGAAACACUAUGCAUUUAAACAAUAUGUGCAAUGUACCAUGUGUCUAUAUGUGCAACUUCUCCUCCUCUGUCUCUCUCUCUCUCUGUCCAUUUCCUUUCUUUCAGUGUGACACCAUUUAACCUGUGGGCGGCUGCAGUUAACAGCACAUUUCCUGUUCGCUAAGCUGCAUCUGAAGAUGUAGGGAAACACAGCCGCCCCCCCUUGAGACAUUCAAACACACCUGUGUGCGCGUGCGCGCACACACACACACACACACACACACACACACACACACACACACACACACACACACACACACACACACACACACACACACACACACAGGAAUGAUAUUCUGAAUGUUAGCUGAAUAAGUGUCAGGCUAUACAGUGUUCAAGUUUUCCUUGUUUAAACAGGUACAACUGUGAAUGUUGUUAAUAGUAUUUGCAUUAUUGCAUCAAUAAAAGUAAGGAAAUUCAUUCAAAAGUUGUUGUUUCUUUACAUAAUCCAUAGUGUAUCGUAUAGGUAUGCAAAGGGGGUCCCCGGCCAGAAGCUAAUGCUAUUUGGGGGGCCUUGGCAUGGAAAAGCUGGGAACCCCUGUCUUAGCUUUAUUGCUCUCCCUUCAUCCUUAAGAACCCAGAUGUCUGUCAGAGUAAAUUGAAACUGUACUUUGAAAACCAAAUUUGAAUUGUGAGAACUCAAUGUGAAGAUGUAUCGAGAGUUGGAUUUUCAGUGAGGAUCAAAUAUUAUUGGAUAUCAAUUUCAAAUUAUACUAUUCAGAUACAGGUUAUCAAUGCAAUGAUUCAAAUUAAGCAAUACAAUUUCAAAUACAAAGUCAAUACAAUGUGUUUCAAAUUCAAUGUUUUCAAUUCAAUUAUUCAAAUUUAGCAAUUCAAAUUCAAAUAUAAAUGAUUCAAAUUCAGUUUCAGGUGGCACGUGUUUCAGCCCAUAAGCAGUACACUGCAGAUAAAGUCUGUUAUAUAUUUUUCAUGGCAAAGAUUUAUGGCAGGAUGUGGUUUUUAGAAAAAAAAAUGAAAAAAUUACUUAUGCAGAAGGCAAGAUUUGCAAAAAAAGUUAUUGAUCUUACAACACAAAUCAAAGCUGCUCAUAGAUGCUGUAUGAAUAACCUAACAUCAUCAACAUCAUCAUCAGAAUAAUAAUUAAAAAAAAAUGAAAAAUAAAAUAAUAAUAAUAAUAAUAAUGUGUGUUUUUCUAUCUCAUUUUGCUUUCCUUUUUUUUACACCAAAAACUAAAAGGCAUAAUUAAUGAGUGGAUCUACAGAUGGACAAAUGACUCUGCCCAGCUGACCCACUCCCGGAAGAAAUCUUCAUUUCAUUGCACUCUCUUUGCAAACCUUACUCAUCAUUUACUUAUCAGAGGAGAAACAAGAGCAGCUCACAGCCACAUUAUCAAACAUGAAAACUGAACCAGAAACAGUUCAUUUAAACCUUCACAAACUCGGGAAAAACAGUGUGUGCAGUGUGAGAUGAAGAGUGCAAGGAGCCACAGGUUUUUGAGGGGCAGCCCAGAGGUGCCUGGAGCCAGGACCUUGGCAGGUAUGGAGGUCAGAGUUUGAGUACAUAAGAAAAGCUUCCUUUACCCAGAUUGUAGGAUCACAGGGUUAUGGAAAGGAGUUAGGAAAGGACAACUGGAGCAUUUGGAGACUGUCUGCCCUCUCACACAAUGGAUGUUACUAAUGUCCCAUAAAUCUACUGUGUAAAAACUACAGUUCACUGCUAAUAGACCAAAAACCAUGGUGUGCUUUUACCAUGUUGAUUCGGGUAAUCACACAAGUACAAAAAGCAACCUGUGUAACAGAAAAAAGGACAUUUCAAACAGACCCAGAGGAAGAAAGAGGAGAUCAAUUUUACUCAGAAUAUCCAUUUUCUCAUCCUAAAAGGCUGCCAGAAAUUUGACUUGACUGUCUGAUUUUACAGAUUUACAGGGUAUGUCUUUUAACUCACUCACUCUUGGGGUUUCAUCUGAUCAAGUCCUACAACACACCAUGUAUAGUGGACUCACUGAUGAUUGAAAGUUCUCAACUUUCAAAAAGUUUAAAAAAAAAAAUGUAUGAAGGAGUUACUUUAAUUUGCAGUUUAAUGGCACAAUGACAAUCUGUUUGAUAUUACAUACACAUGAUUAAGUUUACCGCUGAACAUAUGUGCCCAUUUCUAGACUAGACACAUAGUACUACCCUGUGGAAAUACAUGGUAUUAUCUUUCACUUCCAACAUCUGAAACCAACUACAUUUUACAGGUUUGAUGAUGGUUCCAGCCGUAAGUCAUCAACACACAUAUUUUUGUCAAAGUCAUAGGUCAGACAUUGGGGUAUUAACUGUCAUAAACAAAUUACAAUGACCCUUCACUGCACGCUGUUUCACGAAUAUGCACUUUUACUCUAGCAGACAACCUUGUCCAAGUCUAGCCAGUGACAGUGCUGGAGGUGGCUGUCACCCACUGAGGCUAUCAAAUGACAGAGCUGAUAUUCCUGCAAAGACUAGGGCAUGGGUGUGUGUGUUUGUUUGUGUGUGUGUGUGUGUGUAGAGAUGUGCAAUUUGACUUCAUUUCAAGAAAUCAUUUUGCAACUGAUUUAGUAUUUAGCUGAUUAUAGUGCAGCGGCAACAGCAGUAGCUUCAACUUCUAUUGUCUUAAACAUUUCUUGAAACACUUAAUCUGACUGUAACAAUCAAAAAUGUCCCACCUCCUGUCACCUAUUUGUAGUUCAUAUAGCCAACAUAUAACAUAUAGUUCAUACUGCACUUUUAAAAAACCUCCUUAUUCUGCCAACAAUUUUUUUUUCUGUAGAAGGUCAGAGAAAGAAAAUGAAGGUGGGCAGGGAGCCUUAGACUCUGUGUGAUUAACACCUAUAGCAGUUAUAUCUAAAGGGAAGUAUCAAUUCAAUUGAACGGAGUACAAAAGUAGACAAUGGUGUAGGUUAGAUUUAUUUUCUAAUCUGCAUACAGAUACAUUUGUUCCUCUAAAAGUUUUAUUGAAUAAAUAAUUUCCAUGUGCAAAAUAUAAUAUCAUUGCAGAAAAAUACAGCCUGAAGAUCAUACAAGAAAAAAAGGGGAUUGGCUUCACAUGCUUUUAAAAUCCAGCUCUAUACAAUAGCAAUAUAUCAUUCCUACUUCAAUUAGUGCAAAGAAUCUUUGGUAUGACAUCCAGCGAGAGGGUUUACAUUUUUGGAGACAUAUUUGAUUCAUUCUAGAAAAUUAUCAGAUGAAUGAAAUAUGCAUAGACUAGGCCUGCACGAUAUAUCGUUUGAGCAUCGUCAUCGCGAUGUAUGUGUGUACGAUAGUCACAUCGCAGAGCCUGCGAUGUCAGAGGCGAAUGAACUCAGUUAAUUUCAAGGGUAACUGACUGAGAUACACUGCAUGUGACUCUGCAUGUGCAAAAUCAGAGAGGCGGAAACCCACCCCUGCACAUGUUCUGCACAUGGAGUAAGUUGCUGCCACUACCAGAAUUGAGCCGAAAAACGCUUGUCCGCUGAGAAUUACUUUCGGAACAUUACUCAUCACUGUUUAGCCCAACAAAUAAGAACUGUAUGGGUUUUAAAUUGUACAUUUCCGUGGACCACUCUACUAUAAGCAGUGUACAUUUUGUGAGGUGCAUGCAAUUCUCGGAGGACAUGCAUUUCUCAGCACCCCGGUAACAACAACAACAAUCGCAAACUGAGCAACGAACAGAGAAAACCACCAAAGAUGAAGACUUUUUGCCAAAAAGAAAAGGAACGUCAGUUAUCUGGAAUUAUUUCGGUUACAAGAUGAAUAAUGUCGACCAAAACACAUCUUCUGUGUUCAUCUAUGCACAAUAACGUCCCAGCACAAUAAAAGCUAAAAAUAUCUCUGAGACAGACAGAAGCCAUUCUACUAUCAUUCACAAAAAGAGGUAAGAUCAGUGCAGGUUAACUGUCCUCAAGAUUUCAGCAGUGCAGCGUAACAAUAAGUGCUAUUCAGGUCAUCUGGUGAAAAUUCCUCUAUUUUUUUAUAUCGCAAUAUAAAUAUAUCACAGGGUUGAAAAAAACGCAAUGUUAGUUUUUUUCCAAUAUCGUGCAGCCUUAGCAUAGACUGUGAUAUGAUUUGGUUCAGCUAUUACAUCAGUGAUUUGGUACAUUACAGCUUUAAGUUUUGUUACAGAAUAGACAGCCUAAGACUAUACUGGCAUCCUGUGGCUGUUUUUCAGAGUCACAAAGUUACAACAUCAUGCACCCACUCCAUUAUAUAUGGAGUGGUUGUCUAACAAAUAUACAAAGCAGAUGCACAGAUGAACAAUAAACCCAAUAAAUUAAAUUAUAAACACCUGGUGUACAAUUAAGAGGACAUCACAAAAACCUUCACUGAAUAUGAGAUUGCACAAUCAUGAAUCACAGAACUGUUUGAUGAGAUUAUAUAUCACAAAAUCCUGUCAUUCACCCAGUGAAACUGGAUCAGAGUGAGUCAUUAAAACCAGAGUAGGAUUGUCCAGUUAAUUUUGUGUUGGGAUGGAGUGAACAUUUAGUUGGAUCUCUUUGAAUAUCAAGAGUACCUUUAAUCACUGAGCAAAGACAACCCCAAGAGCAUUUUAGGCUAUACUGUAAUUAACGGGAAUCUACACCUUACUUCAUAUUUGAACUCUGUAUAAUACAGGAUACAUUUGGUGUUGUUAGGCUACACUGUAAUUGUAUUAAACACAGGGGUUAUUAAGGAUGCUGUAAAAAAUUAUAAAGAUCAUGGAUGGAAAGCCUUUCUAACCUCCCACUACAAGUUAACUUUCUCUUGAAUUAGUUAGUGGUCAACUGAGACUAAUUUAGACAUUUUCUUAUACAGAUUGAUCAGUUGUUUGAUCAUCUUUCAUAAAUAGGAAAGAUUAUUAUGUAAAUCUUACACAAAGGCAUGGCUUGUUUCACAAUUCAGUUCUCAUUCUUAUGGUCAGGGUCAUGGUCAGAAUCUUGCGUAAGGGAAGUAAAAGAGCUGGCUUUGCCCAGCCUGUAGUGGUCCCUCAUAGUCCCAUCUACCUGUGUGUCUGGUCUCUUCCUGUCCACUGUAUUCUUUCUAUCAAACUCUGCAGUAAUUUCAGCCAGUGUUUUACCCUUAGUCUCUGGUAAGGUAAGUCCCAGAAAUCCUGCAGAAACCAAACAUACGGCCAAGAAUGGCAGAAAGCAGAAGUCUCCCAAGCCUUUAACAAUGAAGGGAAACAGCAUUCCAACCAAGAACAGGCUGAUCCACAUGAAGGAGCCAGCAAUCAUAUACCCAGCUGGCCGAGCUGCUUGAUCAAAGAUUUCAGCAGGUAAGAUCCCUGUCACUCCUGCGGGGCCCAAGCCGAAGCUGAGGAUGUAGGCAAACACACAUGCCGUGCUGAGGUAAGGCAUUCCAGCCACCCCACGGCUCUGCAGGGUAAGAGCUACAGUGAAGAUUAUAGACCAGCAAGACAUAAGACAGUACCCUCCAACAAGAAGGUAUCUGCGGCCAAUACGCUCAAUCAGCAGGUUACUCAGUAUGGAGGCAGUAAGCUCAGAUGCUCCCGUUCCGAUAGUAGCAUACUGUAUUUUCUCUGGCGGGAUCCCUGCUUGGAGAAAGAUGUAAGAGGCAUAGAAAUAGAUGGAGUCAUUGCCACAGAGCAUCAUAGCACUGCUAGCAACCAUGACUGUUCUGAGCUGGCAGCGCAGAUCUGAACUCUUAAACAGAGACCAGGGUGUCUUUGUUGAUGCUACAGAUGUAGGAUUUAAGGCUGUGGUAUUUUGGAGCUGCUGCUCCUGAAGCAACUCAUUCAUCUCCAUGACAGGAACUUCUCCACCACGAAGCCUUUCAAGAGCCCGGACACAUGCUUCCCUGUCUCCCUGGUCAAUGAGAAGGUAUCUGGGACUUUCAGGGAAAUGAGGUAAGGUUAGAAGUUGGAUCAACCCUGGCAAAGCAUUACUAGCUAGUAAGUAGGACCACAUAGGCUCUGCUCCAAGCAACCCAGUAAGUCCAACAACUUGACCCAAGAAGAUUCCAAAUGCAGUGAAAACAGCAGAUGAAAAAGCCACGGCUCCUCUGAGGUGUUUAGGAGCACUUUCUCCAAAAUACAUGGGUUGAACAUUCAUACUGACUCCUGAGUUUAUCCCUACCAGAAAUCGAGAACAGAUAAUCAUCUCAAAUGAUCCAGCGGCCCUGCAGGCCAAGACCAGAACUGCACCAGUUAACACAAAGCAGUUAUUCAGAAGCAGUGAGUUCUUCCUCCCAAAGCGGACUGCCAGAGGUCCUGCUAACAUGGCACCAAGAAAACCCCCCAAAGAGAAAGCCGACACUACCAGAGUCCACACUAGAGUCACCUGAGGGGUCUCCAAACCUAUGCCCCAGCGCUUCAUGUAAGUCUCAUUGAUGAACACCUGGAUGUAGCUGGUGGGUGCGUUGAUGAUUGAGAUGUUGUACCCAUACUGGAAGGUUCCUCCGAUGGCAGCAGAGAAUACAGUCAGAGCAAGGGUCCAGGAAACGCCUGGGGGUCUGCUCUUUUCACCGGGCUCAAUAUGGACUGACGGAGACAUCGGGAGAUUCUGAGUCCUUUUCUCUGUGGUCCCACCACAAAGUAACUCCUCUGAGAGAUCUUGUUUACUGUUAGAGCUUCAGCCAACGUUUCCUGGUACAAUAUGGUUUACGGUAAACCUCCACAAUAUCUUUACUAGACAAACGUCAACGUGCUCUGAGAAAGGUGAAUUAUGAUUGUCCUCAUCAUAUCCGGCAACGGUUUUUACCGGUGUUUGAGCUUCCUCAAGGACACCGUAAGGCAUCUAUCAUUUCCAUCACUUUAAUGUUAGCUAUUAAGACAAAAGCAAAACAAAAAGGUGAAAUAAAUGAUUUGGCUAUCCUGUGAGAAACGAAAAUUAGAAUUUUUUUGUCCGCUAUUGAGCAUCUGGGGCUGAAGAGUUACACUGACAGCCUUCGCUGAGGGAGAAAAAUAUAUCAUACCGCUGUGUAGCUGUCUUGCCAUUGGCUCACACCACGCCAAGGUAAAACGUCAUCUCUGUGUGACCCCGUCGGUAAGAUGUAAGUAAAUGCCAGUUGUGGUGCGAGCUGCAGCUUUUUAUUCUUAAACAUUCAACUUCAUAUCAAAAAGAUAAAUUGAGAAUAGGAUUAAGUCAUUUACAUAUAACAUGUAAGUUUUGAAACGAUAGGACAGGGUUCCUUGUGCCAUAAUAAAGCCACGAGAAAGAGUAAGCUAAUGCUAUGGGUUGAGCGGGGUUCGAUGAUUCAAGUCUCAGUGGUAACGGUCAAAGGGGAUCCUUUAAAGCGUCAUUCACCUGAAUUUAUCCUGUCAAUAUAGAUAUAAAAUAAUCAUUUCCAAGUUUUUCACCUGUUAUUGUCAACGUGAAGAGUUAAAAUGUUUACAGAUUGACAGGAAAGUAAUUUUUAACAAACCGGAUCCAGGAGACCAAACAGCUUCUGAAUUUAGUUUAAGUAGACUCUUUCCGGGGUAUUGGCAGAUACGUAUCAUCAGGUCACAAUUCCUAUAAUUAAGUCAUAACCAUAGACUGUAUAUGGUAUGGAUGUGGUUCUGCAUCUGCAUUUCUGCAUUUAAUUUACUGGGGGUGGGGUUUAUGACCUAUACUACAGCCCGUUACCAGUGGGUGCUGUCCUCACGGAGGCUUCACCCAGCGAAGUCAGAUGACAUUCAUUCAAUAUACCGUCUAUGGUCAUGACAUUUAAUUAAUAACCUACCCCCUGCUGUGUUAUUCAGUUCUGAAUAAUGAACAUCAUUCUCAGAUGUGCACACACUUACACAUUUCCUCUGAAAUUGGGCCUGUGCUGCUCUACGCUGGAUUGAAAUGUUGUUUAGACUGAGCAGAUGCAGUACUCACCUCCCACCUACUCACCACCUAUUUCAUAUCAUCAAGGUACUGACACCUGAAUUUUGUUAACUUUCCUCUUUUUCAAUGACAGGGCACCUUCUCCAACCAAGAGGAAGGAGGAUGAGAAGAGUAAACAGCGAGGUAAGGAGAAGUUAGGAGCUUCAAAAGAAGGAGCUGAGAAAGGCCGGGGCCGAGACAAGAACCGCACCAGACGCAGUGCUUCAAGUGGGAGCAGCAGGUCUGAAUCUUUAUGAUACUAAGGACAAUCAGACUUUAUGGUGUCAUGUACUGAUUCACUCUUUUCCAGUCCCAUAAUCCAAACCUUUGUCUGUUUCAUGGGUUUAAAAGAAAAGUGCUGCUUUAAGGCAGAAUGGGCUAAUGUAUGUGAUGGCUCUCUGUAAUCACAUUGUAAAUAAACUGUUCAUAAAUCAGGUGUAACCAACGCUUUCCAUAAAUCUUAUGUCCUAUAAGUUCCAGCUCCAGUAGCAGCUCAGGCUCCAGCUCAGGCUCCUCAAGUGGCUCCAGCUCCUCUGCCUCCAGCCACUCAGGGUCCUCCAGCUCCCGCUCAUCUUCCUCAUCUUCCUCAUCCUCCUCCCCAAGCCCAAGCCGCCAGCGCCACAACAACAGAAGACGCUCCCGCUCUAAGUAAGGAAUUGGUCACUCACUGAACCAGCAGUGAACUUGUAAAUGGCUUUCUUGGGAUAAUUUUGGGAAUAUGAUUUCCUUUUCAAUAAAUUUUGAUUAGUAAGAAGCAUAAAUGGUUCUCCAAAUGUAGAGUUUUACAUUGCUGUCUAUGGACCUUAUGAAUCCUGAAACUUGGCAACAACUUUGAUAUCGGGAAGUAUGAACUAAGACUUGAUAUUGAGUGUAAAAUCAUCUUGUGGUUAGGUAUGACAGAAACAUUAAUGUCAAAAUGUCUCCAGGUCAAAAUCAGCAAAGAAAGAUGACAGGGACCGUCGCCGUAGGAGCCCGACUCCGAAACCAACGAAGGUCUACCUGGGCAGACUCACCAGAAAUGUUAUCAAGGUGAAAGCUGAAUAUCUUACAUCUCACUGCUGAUCAUUAACACUCUAUUAGGAGCGGAAGACAGAAUGAUCAAAAAGGAUUACUAAUCUCAACUUUUAAUUUGAUUAGGAAGCAUAUAUUUACAAAUAGAUAUACAGUAUCUGCACAAAUUAUAUAAGCAGUAUUUACAUACAGUAUUUAUAAACUGUAUGUAUAUAUAUAUAUAUAUAUAUAUAUAUAUAUAUAUAGAUAGAUAGAUAUGUAUAUGUGUGCAUAUACAUAUACAUCUUUUGCACAUGUGAGUUCGUCACAUUUUUCAUACAUUUAAAUACAGUGAUUGGAAAGGAGCAGGAUUGAGCGAACGCAUGAUACCUGCACUUUUCUUAAAACAAAUAACCGCAUACAUCAGAGGAAUUGCCAUUAUAAUGACUUUGUGUACAUGAGUCAGAACAAAGUUGUCAGAGGACCAGAGAAAGAGCCAGGAGAAGUUAAAGCUAUAAGGAGACACCUUUGGAAUUAUUUGGUGAAAAAACGGUGUAAACACACUGAUUAUAGCCUUUUUGAUUCCUCAGAGUAGACUCUUCUUGCUUUGCACACUCUUUGCACACUCUUUGCAUUUUCUCCUUUCCUUUCCUUUUUUACUUACCGAGUUACAGUUGAUGUUGUUAACGUCUUGGUUUUCCGCUGUUUUAAACUUCAACUACUCUGAUUUAUAGCUGUGAAAGUGGAUCAGAUGAAAGAAGUAAGAAGUGACGAGUUGUUAAAGAUAAAGUGAAGGUUAAUGAUGUCACUCAGCUGACUCUCUUCUCACAUUCAUCCACAUGAAUCAGAAAUUUGAUGACAUUCAGAAAGUUGUUUAAUCCAGUGAGUUUGGCUUUAGAUCAGCUGCUGUCAUGCUGGACUUCACUUGCAUGCUCAUUGAAAGGAAAUAACAUAAGAUUUAGUUGGCAAAGAGAAUUGUUGGUCAUUUUCCAUCUCCAAAGGAUAGUACAGUCAGUGUAUCCUAUGCUAAAGGAAGUAGUGAAGGAAGCAGUGAGGCUGCUUUUUUCAUUAUUGAAAGAUGUCAAACAGCUCUCACCAUUGCUGACACUCAAAUAUUUCAGGGUCGAUUUACAUAUUUUGUAACCUUUCUGAAUUGAAAAGGAAGAUUUAAGUAAGUUCCAGUUGGGGGCUGCAUCAAAGUGAUUUUAGAUCAACAUUAAUUGUAGAAUAGUCCUGGACAACAAGGGAGUGGUGACAGCAUGACGCAUUUGAUGCCCUUUGACUGGCAUUACAUAUCCUGUGAUGUGAUUUUUUUACUAUUUUGUGUUCUCAGCUCUUCUUUUACCAGCUCUCUUUAAACCUAAGUGAACCUGGCAGACCAGGUUCUAGAGUCUGAAGUUAAAGUGUUGUCCCAUUCUGGCCUGAUAGAGGAUUUCUGCUGCUCAACAGCUCAGGGUCUCUUUUGCACUGUUUUUGGGGUUAUGAUGCUCCAAAUUUUUUCAAUGGAGGACAAGUCAGAACUGUAGGCAGGCCAGUUUUCAGUAGGGCUCUUCUCCUACAGAGCCAUGCUGUUGUAAUCCCUGCAGAAUGUGGUUUGUCAUUGUCUUGCUGAAAUAUGAAGGUCUUCCCUAAAAAAAGUCAUUGUCAGGAUGGCAGCAGAAAGAUUCACAAACUAGCAACAACUAAAGACAGCUGCAGUAAAGGCCUGACAAAGCAUCACAAAAGAGGAAACCCAGCAUUUGUGCGUGUCCAUGGGUUCCAGACUUAAGGCAGUCAUUGCCUGCAAAGGCUUCCUGACAAAAUAUUGAAAAAACAUUUUACUGAAGGUUAUGUUAAUUUGUCCAAAUACUUUUGAGCCCCUGAAAUGAGGAGAGUUUGUAUGAAAAUGGCUUUAAUUCCUAAAUGUUACAUUGGAUAUUUUUUUUCAGCCCCUUGUAUUAUUGUUCAGCCCUCUUGUAUAACCUGAUAGUCUGCAUUUCAAUUACAUCUUAGUUGUUCCAUUUCAAAUCCAAUGUGGUGGCAUGCAGAGCCCAAAUCAUUGGAUUGUGUCACUGUCCUAUUGUUUCUGGGCCCAACUGUAUAUCUAAAUUGGGUGGUUGUAGUAAUGAAUAAUUAUGAAAGAUGAUGAAUAACUGAGCUCUGUUCCUUGAGUCAGUACAAUCUGCCCAAAGGUAUUCUUAUCAUCCCUAAUAUCAAACUUUUAUGACCUCUGACAAAAACCUAAAUACACCCAAAUGUCAUGAAAACACAUACAUCACAUUUUGAAGUAUUGACUUUUCAGUAAAAAAUCAACUCCAAUCUUGCUUCAUGAAAAAGCUUUUCGUACAAGAAGUUGAACAAGAAGCAUAUUUCAAUGGCAAAUUUUGGAUCUUUUCUUGGUUUCCCUUUUAAAGGAACAUAUCCAAGAGAUAUUCUCUACCUAUGGCAAAAUCAAGAUGAUUGACAUGCCUAUGAAUCGGAUCCACCCUCACCUGUCCAAAGGCUAUGCCUAUGUUGAGUUUGAGACACCUGAGGAGGCAGAGAAGGCCCUAAAACACAUGGACGGAGGUAAGGUCAAUGAGAAUGGACUUUUAAAGGAAAUAGAUUGCAAAACAAGCUGUGUUCUGUCAGAGCGGUUAUGUAAGAUAAGUGUAAUAUAACUACAGACUAAAUAUUUCACAUUGGUCUUAAUAAUUGAACUUAUUUCUAAUGAAAAUCUUCACCCCCUGAUUUCCUGAAUUUUGUUCCCUCAGGUCAGAUUGAUGGUCAGGAGAUAACGGUCACAGCUGUGCUAGCUCCCACAGUUCGCCCUCCACCACGCAGGUUUUCCCCUCCUCGAAGGAUGCCUCCUCCACCACCAAUGUGGCGACGCACCCCACCUCGCAUGAGGAGAAGGUAAGCAACGUAUGAUGAAUAGUGGUGCAGUAAGGGGUGGUAUAAUUUAUUAUAUAAAAAGUUUAAUAAGUUGCACGUAAAUUAAAAUGCAGAUAUUGACAGUGAUAUAAGAUUCCAUCAUUAAAAAUCUUUUUAAAUCCUAUUGCCAUUGACUUUCUGUCUGAGUCCCAAGUUCUUGUCUACAAAUGUUGAGUUUUCCCUUUCCUGUAGGUCUCGAUCUCCGCGACGACGUUCUCCAGUACGACGCCGGUCUAGAUCGCCUGGCCGCCGUCGUCACAGGUCGCGCUCCAGUUCGAAUUCCUCACGCUAAUGCAAAGAAACCCCUUCAUCUCCACCUUGGAUCUGCUUCUCUACUGAGUCAGUUGAAUCAGUGUCUUUUAUUAUUAAUCAUCCAAACGUUUUAGUAAUGACAACACAAACACCAAAGCAGCUUUGAAGUGAAAGUGUGGCACAUAAAAUCUGUGAUUUAAGUCAUUUAUAAACAGAUAUUCAGACUUCAGAGGUCUCAAGGUCUUUCUGCUUCUAACCUUGUGGGUCUUGUGAUCAGAUCUACUUUCCCAUGACACAAAAACCGCCAGGUCCAUAAAUAUUGGGACAUUAACACAAUACUCAUCUUUUUGGCUCUAUACACCACCACAAUGAAUUUGAAAUGAAACACACAAGAUGUGCUUUAACUGCUGACUUUAAGCUUUAAUUUGAGGGAAUUUAUAUCCAAAUCAGGUGAAUGGUGUAGGACUAACAACAGUUUCUAUAUGUGCCUCCCACUUUUUAAGGUCCCAAAAGUAAUGGGACAACUAACUAAAAAUUAUAAAUCAAAUCAUAAAUCAAACUUUCACUUUUUUGCAACCAAAUGCAAACCCUUUGCAUGACCAGACGAUUGACUCCGCCAUUGCAUAACAUUCCACUUCUUUGCCUCUCAAAACUCUUGAGUUGCUUUAGCAGUAUUCUUGAGGUCAUUGUCCAUCUGCACUGUGAAGAGCAGUCCAAUUACUUUUAAAGCAUUUGGGCUGAAUAUGAGUGGAAAAUAUUGCCCCAAACACUUCAGAGUUCAUCCUGGGGCUUUUGUCAGCAGUCACAUUAUCAAUUAAUACAGGGGAACUAGUUCCAAUGGCAGCCAUACAUGACCAUGCUAUGACACUACCAUCAGCAUGCUUCACUGAUGAGGUGGUAUGUUUUGGAUCAUGAGCAGUGGCUUUCCAUCUCCAUACUCUUCUCUCCCCGUCUCUCUAGUACAAGUACAAGUCGAUCUUCAUCUCAUCUGUCCAUAGGAUGAUGUCCAGAACUUUAAAGGCUUUUUUAGAUAUUGUUUGGCAAACUCUAAUUUGGUCUUCCUGUUUUUUAGGCUCACCAAUGGUUUACAUCUUGUAGUGGACCCUCUGUACUCUAGUGAGGUCUUCUCUUGAUUGUUGACUUUGACACACACACACCUACCUCCUGGAGAGUGUUUUUGAUCCAGUGUUUCUUCACCAGGGAAAUAAUUCCUCUGUCAUCCACCACAGAUGUUUUCCAUGGUCUUCUGGGUCUUUUGGUGUUGCUGAGCUCACCCAUACUUUCUUUCAUUUUAGCAACGUUCAAACAGUUGAUAUAACCACACCUAAUGUUUCUGCAGUCUCUGCAAAACAAACCCAGGAGAAAUAUCCCUGUUUCUGCUGGGUUUGUUUUGAUUUUUCUGCCUGAUGAUAGCUUGUUUCACUGAUAGAGACUGAUGUCGCAUCUGAGAUCAACUCCAGACCUUUUGCCUGCUUAAUUGAUGACGAGUGAAUGAGGGAAUAGCCCACACCUAUCCAUGAAAUAGAGUUUGAGUUGGUUGUCCCAUUACUUUUGGUCUCUCAAAAAGAGGGAGGCACAUAUAGAGACUGUCGUAAUUCCUACACUGUUCCCCUGAUUUGGAGUAAAUCCCCUCUAAUUAAAGCUGAAAGUUUAAAGCACAUCUUGUUUGUUUCAUUUCUAAACCAAUGUGGUGGUACAUAGAGCUGAAAAGAUGAGUAUUGAGUUAAUGUCCCAAUAUUGAUGGAGCUGACUGUAAAUAACAUUUCCGCUAUAUUAAUAAAGAUUAAUCACCAACCAUUUGUCAGAUCAUUACAACUUUCUGAGUUGGUUUCCUUAUCUCUUUGGCAUAUAUUACCAUCAUUAUGUUUCACUGAGCACAAAGGAAAAAUUUGGUGAUAUUUUCGCUUUUAAAAUGUAGGCGGCUACAGAAAUCAAGUGUGCACAAAUCAUACAGGAAUCACAUCAUUGGUGCUCUCAUCUAUUGUCUUACAAGCCCCCUCAGUAAAAUUAAGCAAUCAAGAUGUGUGUUCUGAAAACAGUCUUUGCUGUCAAGAGGGAUCUUGUAUUGUCCAUGAAUUGCAGGCUCUGAAUGGGGCCUCUAGUCAUAAUUGUGGUUUCAAUGGUCUGUAAGUUGAGUCCAUUCCUUCUGUGCCACUCUAGUUCAUUUGCCAACAUUGUUCCAGAGUAACGCCUUCAGAAAAUCACUAAAAAGGUUUCUUUAUAAGUGAGAAAAUAAAAUAUCAAUAAGCAGCAUUGGUCUUCUGCAGAGCUCCGAUAAUAACAUAGGCAUUAUUUUUGGGUCAGUAAGGACUUAAUGUCAAUCAAUUAAUCAAUCCGUGUUCAUAUAGCACCAAUGACAAGUGUUUCCCUGAGACUCUUGAGAACAAAGACCAUAUUCUGUUUACAAGGUAAAGCUGGAUGUAAUGUGGUAUUAAUGGUUCGGUAUUUUGUUUUUCGGAACUCACUAACCUUGCGAUUAUGGCCUUGAUUUGGAAUUUUGUUUUGGUAUACAUUUGUUCUCAUCAGUGCUGUGGUGAUGCUUACUGCUUGAAUUUGACAUCUCUCUGUGUAUGUUUGUGUUUGUUUUUGUACUUUUCCCACCAGUCAACUUUAAGAUUUUUAGCUGUUCAUAGAUUAGCUUCAAAUCAAGGACAAUAAACUUAAUGAUUUGAACGAAAUUACAUACUUUUGUCAUGAAAAGAGUAAAUGUGUUAUCCAUCAGUAUCAGUAUCUACUUGAGUAUAUUUAGCAACAAGGUGCUGCAAUGUGUGUCAGAAAAGCAAUGGAAGGUGCAUCUUCUCCAAUUGUUGUGCUCAGACAACAAUUACUGCCAUCAGCCACACAAACACGUUUAAUGAACCAAGUGUUGCAUUUGUCCUUAAGCUAAGGGUAACGGAACAGUCUGAAUCUGAUUUGACCAUCCAAGGAUACAAGUUCAGAAUAAAUCAUUUUCCUCAAUCUACUUUUCUGUUCGAGGUGUGGGGUGCUCCGGCUUAGUAUUUCUAUAUCAAUAAUGGCAUGUUCAUUACAGGAAAAAACUUGUUGGUUCUAUUACCUGGGAACUGUUGCACAAAACUAGGAUAAGGGAUUAAGCCGGGAUAUCUUGGUUAUUCUGGCUGAACUUAUCAGUGACCCAGUUGCACAAAAGCAGUAUAGUGGGAAUUAAGACAUGUUGUGAUAUAAGUUACCAUGGAGAUUUAUCCAAUGAUGCUAGCCUGCUCAAGACCAGGCUAAUUUCCAGGUCACGGCCCACUCCUUCCUCAGGCAGGCCAUAUUGUGGAGGACAGCACAGGCCACAGUGAUGUCGAAUGCCCUCAAAGGAAUGACCCUAAAGUCUUUAAGACAGUGACAGCACUCCUUCAGGAGGCAAAAGGUAAUUUCAAUCCUGGCCCUUGUCCUGGUAUGGGCAUGAUUGUAGGCCUGCUGUGUUUCCUGGGGGGUCUGUGAUUGGUGUCAGGAGAGGCGGCUGGCAGGAGUAGCCCCUGUCAGUACAAACUCUCAUCAUCACAACCUCAUAAUAGAGUGACAUCCUGACACAGCCAUUAUGUAAACGCUGGUUAUGAAUAUAGGUUGUGUGGCUCACCUUGUAAUAGGCACUGAUAGAUUCCAGAGUUCUUUAGGACUCAGGAGAGACUUUAAGACUGAACCAGGCCAUUUGGCCACAAUGCUGUUGAGACAGUCAGCAUGACAGACCAUCUGAAAUCAUAAGAUGAAGACUAUGAGAACUUCUGCCUCAGACAGGGAAAAGUUAAGUUAUGGAUGCUCUUGUUUUGGAUUUGUUCUGUCAUUUAUCCUGGAUGUCUUAAUCCUAGUUUCGUGCAACGGGUCCUAGAUCUUUAUAAAACCUAUCAGCUCUUACCAGCAGUAACACCAAAUACAGGUUAUACAUUUGUUUUUUCAUUUUAUUUUCAAAUGAGACCUGAGGAUUUUUUUUUCCUCCUGGGUAGGUGUUGGAAUGGUGAGUCAGCACAGCAUGAACCUAUUUAAACAUUGUCACCAAUGUUAACAAUAAUGCCAAUGAUACAAUGCAAGUCUGUGAUUCUGUAUAUUUUCAAACUCAUUGUCUUUCUUUGAUGAGGUAAAUGUGACUUGAAUAUUUAAAUACCAACUUUGCACGAUGUCAGCAAAUGACGCUGUAAUAGAGUAAUGCUUAGACUAGAAAAUGAAAAGAAUACAAAGAGCUCACGGCAUGCAUGACUCCAUGCACGUCAUGCGUGCAUGUGUGUGUGUAUAUAUAUAUAUAUAUAUAUGUAUACAUAUAUAUACAUUUACAUAUAUUUUUAUAUAUACAUAUAUAAUACAUAUAUGUAUAUAUACACAUAUAUAAAUAUACAUAUAUAUACAUACAUAUGUAUACAUAUAUACAUGUGUACAUAUAUAUGUAUAUAUAUACAUGUGUUCAUAUAUACACACACACGUAUAUAUAUAUAUAUAUAUAUAUAUAUAUAUAUAUACAUACACACAUGUGUACAUAUAUAUGUAUAUACAUAUAUAUAUAU